GAACUAACGUGGAAGUACAAGUAUGUUGCACCAAAACACAAAACCGACAAAAAAUAGAGUCGAGCAUACACAUUUUUAAAACUGAUCCCAAACUUGUUUUAGCAAUCCAAAGUACAUGACAAGCCAGAACACCGUAAACGUCCACUUGCUUUAUAUGAUCGAUGAUGAGUACACCAGCAUCAAAAAUUGGACGGAUCAGGCCUUGUCGCCCGGUACGAUUGUCGAACUCGUUGAUGACACCUGGUUCCCGUCCCUGCUCCCCGAUAACAGCGCCAAUAAGACCUGGGAACCUUACAUUUAUGUCAUUACCGACGGCUACGACUACCGAGAGGAAAUCGAAUACGAUUACAACUUCCCAGCGCCCAUUCAGUUCCAGUUGAUUCAAAACGCGCACAAUUCCUCGACAUCGGAUUCCGGAAAUGGCGACGGUAACGGCAACAGCAACAGCAGCGAAUCCAGUAGCGGCCUCAAGGGCUGGAUGAUUGCCGUUAUUGUUAUAGCGUGUGUUCUAUUCGUGGCAGCACUAGCAGCACUAUUCUGGCUUUUCCGCCGACUACGGAGAAACAAAGCGGCAGCAGCAGCCGGUGGUGACCAACGCAACCUCAUCCAAGGCAACAACGGUGCUUCACAAAUGAGCUCGCCUGUUAUUCCUGCCGCACGACCGUUCGCGGGCUCGCUUACAAACGCCUCAUCGAUGGGCGGCGGCGACGCACGCAACGACAUGUCUUCGAUUCACUCCUCCACGCCGAUUGUUUUGCACGGCGGCUCACAAAGAACGGCCAACUCACCCAUCACACACUCGCCAUCUUCGCCAAAGAGCAUGAGCGACUUUGACAAGUCAUCGCCGGCGGUGGCGCAUAUUAUGCAGCAACAAGAAGCGCGACAAUCCAGCUCUAUCCUGAGCUCAACCGACGCCAUCAUGAUUGCCGACACGUUCAGACAAUUCAUGCGCAAACCCGAGUGGAACGAGCACCACGACGAAGAAGACGAAGAGGUGGGCGGUGCGUUCAAAUCUCAACAUUUCGCUGACUCUGACAAUGAAAAGCGCAAACGCGUAGGCGACGAAUUGUUGCGCAAAGAAUUGGCCCAAGAGGGAACAUCUGUGCAGCAGAUAGAACGGAGGUCGACCCGGUUAAAAGACAACUCGACGAACAACGACGACAAUCAUCACACAGCAUGACGAUAUACCCUCUCUCCCACUCCCCUCAUUUCCACACUUCCCACACUCACCAAGACUGUUUGUUUUUUCCCUCUUUUCUUUUUAAUUUCAAUGCGCUCCUCCAGUCAACACACAACACCAAACCAUGUAUUUGUUUUACUCUCUUUCUUCUCUACCACUAAUAUCUGGCAUCUUUCUCCAUGAAAACUCUAUGUAAGAGUAGAGGAAUCUCUUGCAGCACUCAAAAAUUCAAACUAAAAACACCCAAUGUGAGCAUCUUUUUGUUUGCUCUAUUCGCCCUCAGCACUGUAUCUAUCUACUUUUAGCAGAACCAAAAGUCGGGCAGUCAUGUACAUAUACC